AUGGAUUUCUAUGAAAGUGAAGAAGAUGAUAUGAGUGACUACAAUCUCUCCCAAAACGAUUGGAGUCAAGAUAAUGAUUUCCAUCUCGACCUAAGCACCAACGAGUCUGAUGAUGGAGAAGAAGUGUCGUAUGAAGAUGACUAUCAGCUUCUGAUUUUGAAGAUGAACCACGUGGUGACCAGCUUGAGCUGGAACCACCAGAUUGUAGUCUAG